UGUAAUAAUAUCGAUCAGAGCAGCUUCUACACAGCACCUGGAGGCACCGAUCACCUGCCAUACACACUCUGUAAAACACACACACACACACACUGUAACAUAAACUGUAACACACACACACACACACACACACACACCGUGCGGCAGCAGCAGACUCCAGGAAACCGAACACGGUCGCAGAUCUUUGUUCUUUGAGGGAGAACAGAUCUUAAACCGCACUAACGGAACCAGGACCGGGACUAGGCACAGAACCAGGACCGGGACCAGGACUGAGCCUCGGUAACCCGGGACAACAGGCAGGUGUGUCGCUGUAACGGCUCCGCUCUGCUGCUGCUCGACAGGAAACGUGACGGGAAUCAAAGCGGAUCGAUGGUCUAAGGUCCGUCAGGAUGAUGAUGAACUCUGAGAAGAUGAAGAAAAAACCUCCGAAGGACAGUUUGACUCUGCUGCCAUGUUUCUACUUUGUGGAGCUGCCCAUCGUGGCUUCUUCUAUGGUGUCUCUGUAUUUCCUGGAGCUGACGGACGUGGUGCAGCCGGCUCAGGUGGGGUUCCGCUGCCACGACAGAGAGCUCAGUAUGCCGUACGUGGACGGAGGAGACGAACUGAUCCCACUGCUGAUGCUGCUGAGCCUCGCCUUCGCUGGACCGGCCGCCUCGAUCAUGCUAGUUGAAGGACUCAUCUACUGCCUGCAGUCCAGACUGAAGCUCCGCAGACCUGAAGGAAGCAUCAACGCAGGAGGCUGCAACUUCAACUCCUUCCUUAGGAGGACGGUGCGCUUUGUAGGUGUUCACGUCUUCGGUCUGUGUGCGACGGCGCUGCUCACUGACAUCAUCCAGCUGUCGACAGGUUACCACGCCCCGUUCUUCCUGACCGUCUGUAAACCCAACUACACGCUGGUUGGUGUUUCCUGUGAAACAAACGCUUACGUCACUAAAGACAUCUGCUCAGGUCACGACCAGCACGCCAUCAUGGCGGCCAGGAAAACGUUCCCUUCCCAGCAUGCAACUCUGUCGGCCUUCGCUGCUGUUUAUGUCUCUAUGUAUUUUAACUCCACCAUCUCCGACAGCACCAAACUGCUCAAGCCUGUCUUGGUCUUUGCAUUCGCCAUCGCGGCGGCAUUGACAGGUCUGACUCAGAUCACGCAGCACCGCAGCCAUCCCAUUGACGUGUACGUGGGCUUCCUCAUCGGAGCCUUCAUCGCUGCAUACCUGGCGUUUCAUGCUGUGGCCAACUUCAAGUCCUCUGAUGACAUCACUCCCACCCUGCCCCCCCUGCCGCCAAAGGAGGACCCUCUGCGAGCGCUGACCGAGCGAGGACACGAGUCCGUUUACAACAAAGGCCCCGCCUCUGCUUCAGAGAGUAAUGAUGAAAUCGCGGCGGCGCCAGCCCCCAUGGACCGGCUGGAGGGCCUGGGGCCCCUGCAGAGGGAGAAGACGUCCAUGGGGAGCCUGAAGCGGGCCAGCGUUGAUGUGGAACUGCUGGCACCUCGUAGCCCGAUGGGAAAGGAGACCAUGCUGACCUUCAGCAACACGCUGCCGAGGGCCAGCAUGAAUGUUAACGGCGUGCUGGGGGCCAACCCGGGGCAGGAGGACCCAGUGCAGCAGGUGCAGCCAGUGCAGCGGCGUCUGAAGGCCGUGCAGGUGCCCAUGGACCCGAUGCGUUCACAGCAGCUGGUGUCGGAGUGGAAGCAGAAGUCAAUGGAGAUGCGCGGCCUGAGCAUGCGUGACGAGGCGGAGCGCGAGGCCAGCGAGGACGGUUCCGAGGUGGGCUCUGUGGGGACAGAUGAGGGCGGGUCUCAGGUCCCCAUCUACCAGCCUGCAGUGCAGUCUGGGAGGGCAGCCUCCAGUCGUAACCCCACUCCACCUCCGGGGGGCGCCAAAGCUGUGGCGACUCCCAGACCACCACAGAUCCCUGAGGCAGGACCCCCGCCAGUGUCCCCAAAGAGUGCGCUGACCCGUGCCAAGUGGCUAGCCAUCCGAGAGAAGGCGAGUGGGGAGGUGUUGUGCCGCGGUGCCACUAACCAACCACGACUUAUGCAAGUCAUCGCCAUGUCGAAGCAACAGGGCCUCCUACCCUCCUCCUCCUCAGCAGAGAAAUCCUCUGAGACCACCUCCACCUGCUCUGGCACCUCCUCCACCACCGACUCUCCGCAUUACCGCCCGCCCUCCGAGCAGCAGCGGGAGGGGCCGGGUAUCAUCACCGUGGACGCUCACGCCCCUCACCAUCCUCUUGUCCAAGCCCCACCUCCUCCCCAAGCCCCGCCCCUUGCAGGUAACAGUAACCCAUGGGAGUGGGCGGGGGCAUCCAACGGCGGCGACCCAAGAGACACCUACGACCUCAACAGCCUGAACCGUGGAGACUCCGCCGCCCGUGGCAGCAGCUUCCGGCCACAUCGGUCCGCCUCACCGAGCGCCACAGUAGACCACGACCCGGCCCAGCCCCCUUCUCACCUGCAGACAGACAUGUUGGCAGACGCUCAGCGCAGGGAGAUGGCCAUGAGACGCAAGACGGCACUGGUUCUGUUGGAUCGAGAGAUCCGUAACCAGACUGAGCAGGAGAACUAUUAUAAGAGUGUGCAGGGGCGGCGCUUCAAGGAUUAGUCUCUUACCUUUCAAAAUAAAAGCCUUAUUUACAAACUGGUCAUGAUGGCACACCUGGACGGCAGACGACCACGCUGCUAUGCAUCUGUUGAGCUUCAUGUGACGGGAGGGCAAGGCUGCAGGAAGUGAAUGUUUCCACCCAGGAAGGUCAGACUGACGCUCGGUGGCUCCACGCUGAUGACGUGUUCAGCUCUCUGCGCCAGCGCCGCCAUGCCACAUCUACAGGAAGGGUUAUCACAUCACAUGACCAGGGACACGUCACACACACCAGACAAAUCUACACCAACAACACCUGGAGUCUGACACAGGGACGUCCCGUCAUGUUUAAUAUCUACUGACAAAAAUACACUCCCAGAUAACAGGUCAUACACGUACUGCGGUUUUCUUUUUUUUUUGUGCACGCAAAUUUAUUGUUUUCAGUGUAGACACGCUCAAACACCAGAGCGACGCUGUCGAAGCACGCAUGAGUUCCCAGGUGCCUAUUUUUAAGGGUGUGACACCACCCUGAGAUAAACUGAGUUUAACAUUUGUAAUGCAGCAGAGCGCACUACAUGUCAUGUGACGAGUAACCGUCUGGUCCUGCUUAAAUUUGAUAUUUGAUCCAGCACCUGUAAAAGUUUUUUGGAUGUUUGUGCCCUUCGCCGUUUUUGUUCAUGUGACGAGGACCAACCAAUAACAGCUGACAGAUAUCUUUCCUUCUUCAGUAAAUAUCAGUGUGUGAUAAAUAUGGAGGAGAAGUUGAUCAUGUUAGUGCAGAGCUGUCAGAGCGUCACGUCUGUCCUACAGACAAACAGGAAGUAGAUCAGCUCUGCUGUCAGGGCUUCAGGUGCUGGUUAUGGUCACUUAGCAACCUCAGACGCAACCUGCCUCCUCCCUCCUGAAAGUUGGCACAGAACAGCGCCGAGUGCCCAACCUGGUGUUUUCCAGGUGGUUAUAGAUGCAGCAUGUGUAUGACCUGUGAUGCUGCUGCUGUAAACGUAUUCAAAUUAACCCAACGUGUUUCGACGUGUAAAAAUCUACCGCUCGUUCAAAACAAAACUGAAAACUCUCUCAUAUCUCCACAGCGACCAGAGAACCAAUGUGUUCUUAAUUAUGUGCUGAAGUAAACGGUGCCCACGGUGUCUGUGUCAGAACAUCAGCAUGAUCACAUGACUCAUUCAGAAGAAUCCAUCAGUAAGUCUCAUCGAUCCGGUCUGAUGAUCUGAACUUCACAAAUACUUUUUAUCUAAAUCAUAAUGAUGAAGAUGUUCUCGGACUGUCGUACUGAUGGUUUACUUUGAAUGAGAGUGUCUGAUGGUGGUUCAUCAGCCUGUUUCUCAUUCUAGGUCAUCAAACACCCACGCUUUGCCAUGCCCCUCGACGUGUGAUACUGACACUGCAUACACCCUCUGGCAUCACUAAGAGAUGCACGUUUUUUCAUUUAACUCGGCUGUAAACUCAUCUGUUGAAAUAUUUGACACUUAGAGGAAAUGAUGUAGUAUAAAGAGUGAGAAUGUCCAUGUAGGACGGUCAAACAAACGCAGGACUUUGACUCAGGAGACAGACGUCCACGUCCCGCAUGAAACUAAACGUCAACUGAGGACAACGUUACUUCAUCUAUACUUUGUUUCUCAACCAGCCGACAUUCAGUAAUCACACAUGUGCUCACUCAUUCACUCUUCCUGUUUUAAGUGUGGUUCUCUUUCUGCCUAAAGCUCUUUCAUGCUGCAGUGGUAUCCACCGUCCACCUCCACAUAACUGCCAAGUC